UUCCCAUGCCAGGCCGCCUCUGCCCCUCUCACCCUCUGUGUCUCUGUAGCGCAGGGGGACGGCCAUGGCGACCUCUGCUGCGGCCCCGGCCCCGGCCUCGGCUUCGGCGGCGGCCGCGGAGGCGGUCCAUUACAUUCACCUGCAGAACUUCUCCCGCUCGCUGCUGGAGACCCUCAACGGGCAGCGUCUGGGCGGCCAUUUCUGCGACGUGACGGUCCGCAUCCGGGAGGCCUCGCUGCGGGCACACCGCUGUGUGCUGGCGGCCGGCUCGCCCUUCUUCCAGGACAAGCUGCUGCUGGGCCACUCGGAGAUCCUGGUGCCCCCUGUGGUGCCCGCGCAGACGGUGCGCCAGCUCGUGGAGUUCCUGUACAGUGGCUCGCUGGUGGUGGCGCAGAGCGAGGCGCUGCAGGUGCUGACGGCCGCCUCCAUCCUGCAGAUCAAGACGGUCAUCGAUGAGUGCACGCAGAUCAUCUCCCAGGCCCGCGGGGCCAGUGGUGGAGCUCGGGGGCCUGAAGAGGGGGCCCCGGGACCCACUGCCAUCCCUGCCUCCACAGCGGAGCUCUGUGUUCCGGGCCCGGGGCCGGGGGCCGAGGUCCGCUACAAGCUGCGGGACCUGCUCUCGGCGCAGCCGCCACGGUCGGUGGUGGCCGUGGACUCGGGGCCCCACGGCUGUCACAGCCGCAAGCAGAGGCAGCCGGUCCGGCUACAGCUGCUGGAGCCGCUGCCCGUGGUGGUCAAGGACGAGGAGGCCGAGGCCUCGCCCGGUCGGGCGGCCGCGGUGUCGGGGCCGGGGGGCGCCGAAGGGACCAGAGAGGGCCCGGGCCAGGGGGAUGGGCCCGAGGACGAAGACGAAGAGGACGAGGAUGAAGACGAGGACGGGGCCGAGGAAGAGGAGGGCAGUGGGGGCUGUUUUAGUCAGUGUGGGGGGGGAGGCUUCUUCAGCGAGGGGCUCAAAGAGCCCCGGAAGGAACCCCCGACCACAGGGCCGGAUCUGGCUUCCUCGGAACCCCCCGGAGCGAGGGACUAUUUUGGUGGGGCCUCUGAGGAGGUGUACCCUGACAGCUUCAUCCCCGUGUGGCCCAGCGAGGAGGUGGCCGAGGGGGCACCCCGGGAUACGGCUCCCCAACCUCUAGACGGGCCCCCCCCGACUCCCGCUCGGGCCGACUGCAGCUUGGGGCCGGCUCCGAGCUCCGGCUUCGGGCCUCGGCCCCCCGAGCCGCGGGCCCUGGGCUUUGGCGGCCCCUCCUCUACUGGGGUGAAGAGCUCGGGGGCCGCCGGCCUCUUUCCCUUCCACCUGCCCGCGCCUCCUCCGGGGCCCCCACAGCCUCCUCCCUUCUUCAGCCCCCUCCAGCCCGAAGGUUCUGCAGGCGGCGGGGGCGGAGGCGGGGGCGUCUCCACGGCCCCAGCCUCCUCGGCAGCCGCCGGCCUGGGGGGGCUGGGGCCCCUCCCUCUCCAGCACAACGAAGCUCCCGGUCCGCCCGCGUCCCAGGGGCCCGGGGCCCGGCCCCCCGACCUGCCUUCCUACGAGUGCAGCCACUGCCAGAAAACCUUCAGCUCGCGCAAGAACUACACGAAGCACAUGUUUAUUCAUUCAGGGGAGAAGCCUCACCAGUGCUCCGUGUGCUGGCGCUCCUUCUCGCUCCGAGACUACCUGCUCAAGCACAUGGUCACGCACACUGGCGUGCGCGCCUUCCAGUGCUCCGUGUGCUGCAAGCGCUUCACGCAGAAGAGCUCCCUCAACGUGCACAUGCGCACGCACCGGCCCGAGCGCGUCCCCUGCCCGCUCUGCGCCAAGGUCUUCUCCCACCGCACGCUGCUCGAGCGGCACCUCAGCUCGCACCCUGCCCCCUGACGCCGGCUCCUCGGAGGCUCUGGCCUCCCUCCCGGCCCAGCCGCUCUCCUUCCUGGAACCGCCAACCCUGGCCACGGGGACCCCUGGAGGGGCUAGACGGAGGCUCCAGCCUUCCCCCGGCCCCAGGCCUGGCCUCCCAGAAGCCCUUUGGGGGACGCGGGGAGGCCCCUGUGGGCGGCUUCCUGCGUGUUCGGGGCCUUCUCUGGGCCUGGCAGGAAGCAAGACCCAGCGCGUAGGAGACCCUUCAGAGGGGACUCUGGACGGGGGCCCUUGAAGGGGGAACGUGCCUUCCUGCGGGGGGGGGGGGGGGCUCCCUCCCAGACUCUGCAUUGGGGCCGGCCUCCCUGGAGCUCCCCUUCGCCCUCCCCCAUCCCUUCCUGCUUUUCGGCGCCCUCUUGGCCUCUUGGGAGAACGGGGGCUCCUCCAGGGCCGGCAAGUGUCCCUCUGCUUGUAUCUGUAUCCUCAGUAUGUAGUGCAAUGCCUGGAACAUAGUAGGCAGUUUAAUAAAGGCUUGUUGACCGCCCGGAUGCGCAGACGUUGGAGCAGCCUGGGCUCGGGGGCCUCCCUGGCUCCGGGACGACGGAGGCUGUGGGGAGGCUGUGGGGAGGCUCGGAGAAGCCGAAUGCCCACGAGGAGGGCGCGCCUGCUUCCGUCCUGGGCAGCACGC